AUGGAAUCGACGCAGCAGCGAGAAAAUGGAGAACAAAAAGAUCCUCCCACGGAUACCGUCGCCUGUCCGGAUGGUCCGACCGACAGCCAUGUCCUUUCUCAGGUCGAACAGGACGAAAAGGGUCUGUCUCAACAGGCUGGCGACACCGCAGAGCUGACUGAUCUGGGAUGGUCCAAACCUGUCCAGCACAUCGAAGAACCCCUCAUUGCAGGUCUGUCAAACCAAGACCUUUGGAUGCUCCUUAGAAGAUUCGACAAGCAAGUGUACAACGUCAAGGCUGUCCCAAACGCUCCGCUUCAGAAUCUGGAUUUGACUCGGGCAGGGGAUGAUGAGUUUUCCCCAGAUAAGCUGCGUGCCACCGUUGAGCGAUUUUACACGUCCGUUGUGAUAAUUCUCGUUGGGUUCAUUAACCAUGUUGCGCGACUGCGCUCGUGGAGGAACCUCGACGGACAGCUAUCUUUUGCUCGGUUUGUCUAUUCUCUAGCUUGGCUUCUGGAUAUCAUAUUCCCUGUAUUUUUUGCCACUCUGAUUGCCUUGGUGAUAUAUCCCCCUUGUCGACAGGCCAUGUUUCCCCCAGCACCGAUCGCACUCGUGGACAAAGACACGGGAGGCAUUCAAAGGCCAAAAGCCGGGGUACUCGGCUCUCAUGAUAGUAUAACCGGUGCUCCCGAAAAUUUCAAGGGAGAAGCAGCCGAGCAAGAAGCCAGCAACCUUGUGGCGAGUGUCGCGAGUGUCGCCGUUGGAAGCGCUGUCGGGAAGCAUGACCAAGGAGUACCUGAAGGUGCACCCUUAGAAGGCAGUGUUCCGGAUGCCAUGAAUAUGGUCUCGGAUACUGCUGAUGCCCAGAGUGCGGCCGAUGGCAGAAUACCCGCGGAUUCCCACGACAAGACUCGGCAACCAAUGAAAGAGUCUGUCAUGGAGGCUGCCAAUAUAGGCAUGCAGGUUAUCAGCGACAUCACAGAUACAUUCGAAAAGUUUGCAAAUGCUCUAUCUGCGACGCCGCCAUUCCCGCGUUUGACUCCUCGGUUGCGUCUAGUGGCUGUGCUGGUCCCAGCCUGCCUCGUGUCCAGUCUAAUCUCUAGCCAUGCUCUAACGAAAGGAAUUGGCUUCUUUGUAGGCUUUGCCUUUUUCGGAGAUCCCGUCAUUCGUCGGGGACUUGCCUUCUUGAAUACGAAAUUCCCUCACUGGCAAAAACUUCUUCAGAUCCAGAACUCGCUCCUGAAAGGCAUCCCGACUAAUGCCCAACUAACACUUACACUUCUACGUGUUGGCGAGGCCAAUGCAUCGCCGUUGCCUCCCCCUCCGACCUCCCUGGAACAACCCCCUUCUCGCCCGGCCUCCCUGCAUCAUGAAGAACUCGAGCUUGGGGCAACCCACGGAGAAAUCGAGCAAGCUGCAUCGGUUGACCCACAUCACACUUCGCAGAGCUCACAGCCUGAGCCACAGGCCACCCACAAGAAGACUCUAGCAUCGGGCAUCAUUGUCUUCUUCCGAGGAACAACAGCAACGGGCGUGGAAAGUAAACGCGGAAUCGAUCGCGUCCGGGCGACAAUCGGUUCUCGACAUGCGAAAAACCGAGUCGGGGUACUCCGUCCAAAGGGCAAACACAGCACACCGGUCGGACCUAUCAAAUUCGAUGCCAGGCACAAAGGGAAGCGCGGCACUGUGAUAAUCGACUCGUCGGGCGAACCGCCGGUGCUCUACUUUACGACCGAUUCGCCCGAGGAUGAGAAUCUCCAGUUGAAAAAUCGGAAGAAGGACACCGUCCUAUUCCAGAUACCCGUGACGGAGAUCCGAGAAAUGAAAAAGCUGGGAGGACUAGGAUGGAAAGGGAAACUGGUUGUUGGGUGGGCGAUGGGUAGCAAGGAGGUUGUUGACGGCUUGCUAAUUGUGGGCAAAGAUCCGGAACAGCGAUUCCAGCUCACAGCUAUGGGAACGAGGAAUCAGCUGUUCAAUCGUUUAAUUGCCAUCGAUGGACAGGUGUGGGAAUGCUGCUGA